AUGGGGUCAAAACACUCUAAGGCUCACCCUAGGGUGACCAGAGUGGCCCCUAUGCAAGAUAAAGACCCAAUGUGCUCCCCAGCCAACCCUGUGGACUUGGUGUUCAAUGACAAUCCAGAGGAUCAAAGUUUAUAUUCAUUUGCAAGACUACAAGAGAAGAAGAGCACAUUGGACAGGCAGCUGCCACCACUUCGGGAGACUUUGUAUAGGAGAUAUGCUUCAGGUCUUGAAGUGCCCAGGCCCAUGUCCGCUGAUAUUCCACUGGAAAAGGGAGAAACAAGUAUUAUUAAAAGACAUCCACCUCGAAGAUUUCAAAUGCUCGAACCUCUUGAACCACAAAUCCUGGUUGCUGAAAAGUUCUUGACCCAGAAAGAAGCUGAGACCACACAAAAGAAAAAGCAGGAGCUGGAAAAGAGAAUGCAAGCUUUGAUGUACUCUUCUGGGAAAAGGCAAUAUUUACACAAAAUGAAAAUGCUGGAAAUGAACUGCAAGAAACAGGAGUUGAAUCAUUUACAAGCUCAGGCUGAGUUGAAGAGAAGUCUCCACAGAGAAGCAAGAAUUAAUAAACACAAAAUGAGAGAACUCAAAGCCAAAAAUGUCCUUGAAAACAUGCCAAGCAAUGAUGACAGUGAAGAUUUUGUAACUAUAGAGCCUGAUGUCCCCAUGAAUGGAGAGAUAGGAAAUGCAUGGAAUACAGAAUUCGUAAAAUAUCAUGAACGGAAUGAAUAUCAUUCCAGGAAGAAUGGUGACUUGAGAAGAUGGUCCCUCAAGCAGCAGGUCCAAGAUGAACUAUUUUGGGACAGUUCUAGCACCAAUUCAGAUGAGUUGGGAAAAGAGGAAAGGAAAUCCUGGACCCUAGUGAGGACCAAGACAGAAAGAAUUCCACUUUUUGAUGAGUUCUUUGAUCGAGAGUAA